GCUACAGUUUUUGCUUGACCAUGUGUAACACAUCUAAUCAGUUCGGGUAUGUUUCCUAUUUCAUUUUGUAACUUCUAAAGCAUUAAAAACUAUGUUUAAAAAGGGCUGCACCAGGAAAUGGCAAAUGUAGGCUAAAUCAAAUUUUCAUUUUGCACGAUACAAAAUAUGUCACAUUUCCUACUUUUGCAUACCUUAAAACUGAAACUGCCUCGGUGGUAAAGAGUGAAAAGUUUCUCUGCAUGGUUAUGCUUUCAGUUAUUUCACAGUGGGAUUAGAUGUGCUGUCUGUGUGAUGGGGGUUUUACAGCAUGUACAACUUCUAAAUAUACUUUUAUUAGCUGUUUUGGAACUUAAAGCUGAGACACAGACACCCUGCAAACACAUUAAUGCUGGCAGCAUCAACUCUGCACAGGGUGACAAUGUAUCUAUUUCUUGCCAUACCACAACCCUUCACUCAAAUACCUUUAGUGUAAAACUACGCAGAACCAACCCAGAUGAAGUCGUCCUACAGUAUCCAAAUGCAGCAUCACAGCUUCACAGAUGGUCUGUAAGAACUGAUGCUGGACAUGUUAUACUUGAUCUUCAAAAUAUCACUUUACUCGAUUCUGGCCGAUACGAAUGUGAGGUGCACAUGGGUUUAGAGUGUACCACAACUAAACUGUCACUGAGGGUCAAAGAGUGUAAAGUCCUGGACCCAAUUUGGACAACUGAAAACUCUACAGUUACGCUAAACUGCCCUGAACAUCUAAACGUUGUGUGGGAAGUCAUUCAUGGUGACCAAUCAACAGGUGUAACCCGGUAUCGAUGCAAGCACUCAGAUAGCAGAAAUGGUGCACGGAAGCCUCUGUGUGAGAGAGUGAGAAUGAAGAACGAAUCUCUCAUCAUACGUGAUGUGGUAAACACUGAUGCACUAUGGUUUCGGUGCAGAGUGAAUAAAAUGCACUGCUAUGACGUAAGGCUCUACAUUACAGAUCACGAGACAUCUGAUUCAACAACAGCACGGGAAACAUUUUCAACAGCAGUGCAAGUCACAGUUCUCACAAAUGUAUCAGUCUCCACUGUUAGUGUUACUGACCAUAGUGAAGGUGACUGGAGCUUGACCGCAGCAGUCUCUGUAGUAUCUCUGUGUGUCAUCAUAACCUUGAUCAUGUUUGGGAUUCUGUAUCUGAAAAAACAAACAAGCGAAACAAGCAGCAAAUCUGAAUUAAGCCAGAUCUCCUAUCUUCUUCAGGAUUCUGUAUAUUUCUCUCAGAUUUCAGAUGGGCUCCAAUUCCCACUGAAUCAUUUUUUGAAAAAAAAUCCAGAAGCAAUGAGUUUCUUUGGUGCUGAACAAACAGAAGUUACAUACGUCCAACAGCCUGUAACAAAAUGUAGUUCUUCUUAAUAUGUUUCCACUUAAUGUUGAAAUUGAAGUCUCUUUCUGUACUGUAACUUCUAACUUUCUAAUGCUGUGCCAUCUUUCAAAAGUUGGAAUAAAGGACAAAAAUCUGUCCUCAACUGAUGUUCUAGUUUAACUCU